AUGAACCCAAUCCUUUUGAAAACGAUCAACUAUUUCUCGGACUCUUUGCUCACCAUCUGCUUUCAAAUCGUUCUCGCCUAUUCGGUGGAGCGAAUCAUUGCCAUAAAAUACGUAGAAAAUUACGAGAAUCGAUGGACAAAAAGGCCAACAUUGGGCAUUUUGCUGUUGAUAGGAUCAAUAUCAAGUGAACAGGGAUUGAUAAUGCUUUGGUAUUUUGGAUUGAACAAUACAUUGGCGUAUUCUCUGCAAUAUCUCUUCUUCAUCACAGCGGCUAUUUUUUUCAUUGUUCUCAACAUUAUCUGCAAACGAGCCUACGCAACAGUGGCCAAUCGUAAAGAAUCCACCAUCAAUGAGAGAUUUCAAACAGCUCGGAAUCUUAAAGCAGCACAUUUAUUGCUUCAUCUGGCACCAUUUAAAUGUGCAGCCAACUUUGUUUCACUUUACGUUUAUCAUUGGAUUUUUGAAGAGCAAUCACCCACAUACUUCCCACUUUAUUCCACAUAUUAUUUUUGGCUAAAUCAGUUACAGUUGAUGAUCCAAAUGGUACUAACAGUUGUCGGACAAGACUGUCUCAAAGAAGAGUUAUAUCUGAUGAUUGGUCGACGACAUCGCGUUGAUGCACAGGGGAUCACAACAAUUCUUGGGAAACCCAUGGUGUUCACCGCCGAACAAACAAAUCAAGUCUAUUUCGAGCAGAUUCAACAAAGCUGGGAUAUCGUCCUGAACAAUAAUCAAACGACCGGAAAAGCCAAGUAUAAGGAGCCAACA